AUGUUACUUGACAUAGUCCUCAUCUCCAAGCAAAACACCCCGCAAAGCCGUAACACAAAGCCACCUAAGAAAAAGGGACCCGAUCAGAUAACACGGGAUGGGUAUAAGUACCGCAAGGGAUUAUCCGACGAAUCGACGGGCCGCACCGGCGUUUUGAAGAAGCGCCGUAUCAUGUGGGCGGAUUAUUGA